AUGUUCAAAACUCAACCCCUGAAAGUGGCCCAAUCGCAGAAUGGGGCUCUGCAAAAGUCGCGAGCGCCCGUGGCAGAGGAGAUCGUCUUCUCGUUUGGGUCUCCACCAACCGUGCUCAACACGGGCACGGGCAGAUUGGCUGCUGCUUUUGUGGAAACCUUGGAGGUCACCGAUAUCCGAUAUGCUGUGACCUACUAUGGACCCUUUCUGCGGGAGAUCCCCCAACGAUUGGGCAACAGCACCGUGCUUGAUUCGGCCGUGAAAGCCGUGUCCUCUGCAUACCCCUAUGUCCACAAAGGGGCCUUUCCAACAUCGGUAUUGGUCAAUUAUGGUCAAUCGCUGCGGGCACUAAGGGAUUGCUUGAAUAAUCCAUCCGAAGCUCGGACGGCCCAUACACUAUGUGCCGUGUACUUAAUCACCAUCUGUCAGAGCUGGCUAGGGAAGGUGGAUGAUUCAUUGACGAGUCACAGCGAGGCAAUCGCCUGUCUUCUCAAGGCUUCCUCUCUAGGUGAAUGGAGAUCGCACUUUGAGAUGGAGAUGGUCAUCACGCUCUGUGUUCCUAUCAUCCUCGAAGGCGUCAUCAACCCUCGCAUCAGAAUGGACCCCCACUUUUGGGAAAUGAUGACCACCUUCAGGAAACGUCUGAAUCCACAAGCAUUCGAGAAAUCGAAGGAUUCCACGCAGCUGCAUCAUCUGGCUAUGCUUCCAGAGUUUGUUCAACACCCCGAUCCAUACGCAUUCGAAAUCGCCAAAAUGUACCUUUCACUGAAAAGGGAUGCCGGAAUAGUCAAGAUGGGUCUGGACCAGUUCGCGACCUUUGUUCCGAAUUCAUUUUCGGGCCCUUAUGUUGACAAACACUCGAAGCUCCAGGCUGCUUAUACCAUCGUUUCCACACUAGCUGUGUUACUGAACACUUUACUCCGUCUUUUCAACCCAUCAAAUCCGACCUUAGAACAAGAAACCGCGUUUUUCUGCGAAGAGAUUCUCACCCAGGCUCAAUUAGCCCAAUGUUACCGGCCCAUGGGAUCAGCAUACAUGCCCCUGUCUCUGGUUGUUGCUUGGGCCUCCACGAAUGACAUCGUCCAACUGGCAAGAAUAGAGGCCCUUCUCGCUGACUAUCAAAACGACUUUGCUGAACUACCCUGGAUGAAUCGUGGAAUCUGGCUGGCCUCCUUGCUGAACAGCCAUCGUGAAAGAAUCGCCUUGGAAAUGACCGGGAGCGUAAGCCCUAUCUCUAAUCCGGGCGAAGUGAGUGACCGUGGCGAAUCUUGUUGUAUCCUUUGA